AUGGCUAGUGAGAAGGGACGUGUGGAAAUUCCCAUGGUCAUGUAUGAACAGCAUCAAGAACCCUACAGGCAAGAACCCUCUGCACCAGAGUACUGCAGCCAAGAGGGGGGUUAUGAAUAUCCUCCUCCUCCACCUUACUCCUAUCAUGAAACAACCACCGUUGAGCAACCAGUUUACCUGGUGUCUCAGCCUCCGAUCAUAGUAGCAGGAAUCUUCUCAAGCAGACCAACAUCCACAAUAUGUCCUUCCUGUCGCCAGCACAUCACCACACAGGUCACCUACAGGCUGGGCAGACUCUCUUACCUUCUGUGCACCAGCUUGUGUAUGGUUGGGUGCUGUUUUGGAUGCUGCUUUGUACCUUUCUUCGUGAAGAUCUUCAAGGAUGCAGACCAUUACUGCCCAUGCUGCCAUUUUCAUAUUUAUAGAUACAAAAGACUAUAA